AUGCCCGCUGGAGACUCAGUUGACCAUCGCAAUUGGUCUGAAACCGCCGUUUUCCGGCUUGCAAAAUAUUCCAGGUCUAUUCCCCGCUCCGAUCUAUCCUGCCAAGGCCAGCCGUCUACGUCGCCAGCCUCCCGGACCACCACUCCGGCUGAAUGGAGUCAUUUCUCACAGACCGGAUUGUCUCUGGUCGUCGAAACGGUUCAUGUUGAUUCACAGGAGAACAACCGAAUCGGAACGCGUCAUCAACAAAUCAUCCUAAAAAUCAUAUGGGAUAACAAUCCCUCAUCGCACAAGGGAAACUUGGACGCUGCUGGUUCGACGGACCGGCCCGGGGUUUUCUUACUGGAAAAAGUCAAUCUGACUCAAGUACAAGAAACCUUUGGCCACGCGAGACAAGUAGAAGAAAGCCCGCUGAAAGCAAAUUGUAAGGAUUGUGUGGUUGGACUCCGUUACGCUACCGGGUUUUUGGAUAACUCAUUCAACUUCAAUCGUCUUCAAAUUAAACUUCAAACACCCGCUGAUUCGCUCAGAUUUAUUGCACUGAUCGAAGCCAUUUGUCCUUGCAAAAUCAGUAGCGGCAUCCAGAGCUCGCAAUCUUCUAGGAACAGUGGCUCGCAGCUGCCCGUCAGCUCGAACUCUCCCGGUUUCGGUCACUUUUCCUCUUCCCAGCCGUCACUACUCGAGAUUAAUACAAACAACAUCGGUUCACAAGACUUCUGCAAUCAAACUCAGCUCUCAGAAUCCUCGCAGAUCUCUAAGAAAAACGUCCACCAACUUCCGAUCAGCACAAAUCCCCCAGCUCUUGGCCAUUCUUCUCAGCAAUCAAUCGAAGCCGCUCCAAACACCACGAAUCUACAAGGCUUGGGAAGCCAGGCAGAGCUCUUGGAAUCGACAGCCAGAGCUGAAUCACACCCCGCCCCAUCACAAGCCUUGCAUCCAGAUAAUCAGACGACAAGCUCACCUGCGAUACCUGCAUUAGAAAGCCAUCAUCCCUUAAUUCCUGAGGAAUUGAAUAACUUAUCAGAUGAAACUUUGAUGGAGUAUAUCCGCGAAAUUGUAAUGGAUCCCGGGUUUAAUAACUUUGUCCAUCAGGUCAAAAGAUUGAUAUCACAUGAACAUUGA